GCGCAAAAUUAGUAGUCGAGUCAUCAGUGUUGUAGUGGUACAGGCAGCAGCAGCAGUGAAUGCAGUCAGAUAGCGUGCCAAACAGGGAAGCAGCUGUCAUACUCUCCUCCGCAUUGAGUGUAAAAUACACACCAACUCAAAAUGUUUCUUGCCAAAAGACUGAUUGGAGGUAUUCUGGAUGUGGUCAGCAACAUUGAUCCCGCCCAGUUUGUGCCCUCUGACCCUCCUCCAGUGCGCAGGCCCCAUCAGUACGCUGAUCAGUACGAGAGUGAUGAGGAGAGGCAGUUCCGCAAAGUCUUCCAGCAGCUCGCUGGGGAUGACAUGGAGGUGAGCCCUACUGAACUGAUGAACAUCCUCAACAGAAUCAUCGCUAAACACCAAGACCUGAAGACAGAUGGCUUCAGCAUAGAAUCAUGCAGGAGUAUGGUGGCCGUAAUGGAUAGCGACAGCACUGGCAAGCUGGGCUUCCACGAAUUCAAACACCUUUGGAACAACAUCAAGAAAUGGCAGGGUGUGUAUAAGCAGUAUGAUGCUGAUGGCUCUGGAGUGAUUGGUGCAGACGAGCUGCCAAAUGCCUUCAGGGCUGCAGGAUUCCCCCUGAAUGACCAGCUCUUUGAGAUGAUCAUCCGUCGCUAUAGCGACGAGAGUGGAAACAUGGACUUUGACAACUAUAUUGGAUGCCUUGUGCGGCUAGAUGCCAUGUGCCGUGCCUUUAAGACUCUUGACAAGGACAACAACGGUACCAUCAAAGUUAAUGUACAAGAGUGGCUGCAGCUGACCAUGUACUCCUGAACACAGAAGCCGCCAGUUCCCUCUGAAAGGUUUUGUUUGUUUGCACUGCCCCACCCCAACAACCUUAGUUUGCAUCUUAAAAGGCGUCUGCAGCGGAAGAUUGGUCCGGUCGGAAACGUCUCUGUGGUUCUUUACCGCAGUAGUCUACUGCAUGGGUUUUGCACCACCCCCCACUCAAUCCCCCUUUAGUCCUCAUCAAAUAGACUUGAUAUUCUUUUCUGUUUACUCACUUUUCUUCACGUAUUUGGUUUGCUUCAUGCACAAUGCUGUCACGAUACAGGAGCAGCAAAUCUGCAAGUAGCCAAACCACUCAGAUGUUAUCUGUAUUAACAGGUCAUAUUUGAUGUGAUCAUUGUAACAUCGUAGCGUACCAUAUCAUGUAUACAACUUUGUACAUACGUACAAAAAUCAUGCUCUCAUAUGUAUUAACACGAGUGUGUCUUCACACAUGCUCAAGCACAAUCAAAGUGCCAUUACCGCAUGUAGCCAGUAGGGGUCAAUAGACCAGCCAUACACGUGAGUGGAAAACAUUUGCCAAGGGGUUACAAGAAUUCAGUCACUGUUGUUAAUGCUCAUAUUUUAUACUAAAUAAAUCAGAGCCAUUAUCGUGAA